AUAGAUUUCGUCGCCCUACCCGGGGCGCCCGGUACUUCUAGGAGUUCCCCUGUGCUCCGCUCGGCCUCGUCAGUGGUGCGCCCCUGGUGCGAGGCCGAGCUCGUGCGCCCUGCUCCGGGCAGAAGUCCUGGCGGCCGAGCCCGGACGGCCCGCCCGCGGGCCCUGCUCAGAGCACGCUUCGGGUGGACGGGCUUCUCGCUUCCACGGGUGGAUUCCUCUCAAUAUUUUUGUCAGAGUGUGCCCCCCACUGCAGCUCCAGUACUUACUCUUCGAGGUAGGAGGAGGAUGAUGGGGGAGGAGGAUGAACGGCUGUGGUUGGUGCCUGUCCUCUCCACUCAGCUCAGAGCAACGUUUCGGAUGACGUCUGCGCUUCGUCAAAUUCUGCUCAGAGCCACGCUUUGGAUGAUUGGCAGCCUUUCGUCACUUCGCCCCCUGCGUUUCUGAGCGGGUGCACGAUACCACCCAAGAGCUAUCAAGCUGUGGGUGCGAAGUUUCCACCCUGUUGGCCACACCAUGUCGGAACCCUACUUCUAACUUAUCGACGUUUCGCGUAAGCCCACCGACCCAUCCAGACAUGAUGCCCCGGCCAGUUGCCCUGAUCACGGAAGAACGCGCAGCAGAUGCGUUAUUGCAUGCACAUCUGUGUACAUCAGUUCUUCGACGAUGUAUUCGCAAUCGUUCGCUGUACGUCGAGGCAACUAGGCAACGACACUGAUCGGGCGGUUCAGAGAUGGGGCCCUGAGGGACGAUGCGUCGGAUAUCAUGCGUCGGAUAUCAAUGAGCAGCGCGCCGAUACGUCAGUGCUGCUCGCACUUGACAUCACAGGGGCUUGUCGACGAGUGCCCCUGAUGUCAGUGGGUCGCCCGACCACAGGUCGUGGACUCCGCCCCUUUCUGAAGUGUUUUGCUUGCGUCGGAUAGCAGUGAAGGGCGCGCCGAUAACGCAGAGCUGCUCGCACUUGACAUCAUAGGGGCCAGUCCGUCUGGUUGUUUCUGAAGUGCUUGCUGGCGUCGGAUAUCAUUCAAGAGCGCGCCGAUACGUCAGUGCUGUUCGCACUUGACAUCAUAUGGGUCUUUCCACACUAACUCCUGAUGCCGAUGUGUCUCCUGACCACGGGUCGUGACGUCCGGUUUGUUUCUGACGUGUGUCGUUGCGUUGGAUAUCAUUGAAGAACGCGCCGAUAUACCAGAGCUGCUCGCACUUGGGCUUAGAGGGGCCUGUCCACGAGUAUCCGUAAUGUCAGUGGGUCGCCCGACCACAGGUCGUGGCGUCCACCUCAUUCUGAAGAAGUUUAUCGCUUGCGUUGGAUAUCAGAGAGCUGCGCGCCGAUACGUCAGAGCUGAUCGCACUUGACAUCAUAGGGGCCAGUCGACGCUCACCCCUGAUGUCAGUUGGUCGCCUGGCCACGGGUAGUGGCGUCUGCUUCUUUCUGAAGUGUUUGCUUGCGUCGGAUAUUAUCAUUGAAGAGCGCGCCGAUACGUCAGUGCUGCUCGCACUUGGAAUCACAGGUGUCGGUCAACGCUCACUCCUGAUGCGAGUGAGUCUUCAGACCAUCGGUCGUGGCGUGUGCUUCUUUCUGAAGUGUUUCUUGCGUCGGAUAUUAUCAUUGAAGAGCGCGCCGAUACGUCAAGCUUGCGUCGGAUAUCAUUCAAGAGCGCGCCGAUACGUCAGUUCUGCUCGCACUUGACAUCACAGGGGCCCGUCAACGUUCACCCCUGACGCCCGUGAGUCGCCCGACCAUCGGUCGUGGCGUCUGCUUGUUUCCGAAGUGUGAGCGUGCGUCGGAUAUCAUGGAAAAGCGCGCCGAUACGUCAGUGCUGCUCGCACUUGGCAUCACAGGGGCCGGUGGGGAUCCGACCCUCCAAGCGUGCUCCCUCUCUUCUUGGGCCUCGGCGGGCCCUCCGCGGCGAUCGUGGCAGCGAUGAGAGAGAAACACCUUUAUCUGUCGGGCUCUCGCAAUUGAUAGCCGCAAGUGCUUCAAGCCGGCUGUCAGCCAAACGGUUAUGGACGGAGGAGGGACAGCAAACACAGCAACAGAGAGACAGGGCAGAGAUGCAUGGCGAACAUGUUUGGAGGCCAGCUGAAGCCAACUUGGUCAAUCCCAGAGGUCAUCUAGGGCUACCUCUUGGCCAUUCCCCCCUGGGGACCGAGAGGGUCCAGACACCCAGGGAGGGGGGGUGCGAGGUUUCGGCAGAGUCGGCACGCUAAGCCGUCAGCGCUCAGAGGACCCUUGGGACUGCAGGAACCCAGAAGUCCUCGGAUAAUGACCCAAGAACGUUCUCGCCUGGAAGACGCAUAGACUCUCUGCAUUGUGGCUCGUCCCCGUCUGGGAGACGCAGAGAUUUGCUGUUCAGGGUCUCUGCGUUGUGGUUAAGCGCGCCGAAAAUGACGAGUUACUCAGCACGUCGUGAUGUCAAUUGCCGCCCGAUUGCGGGAACACCUUUUCGGUCAUAAGGCGACGUGCAGAUACGUCAUUGCUCUUCGUUCUUGGUAUCACAGGGGCUCAUCGACGCCGACCCCAGGUUCAGACUCCUGGGAAGGGAGUUUGAAAGGGAAGUAGCCAGUUGUUUGGGGAUAGUUGGCGCGGUAAGUCACCUGUACCUUGAGGGCUGGUGGGACGACAUGAGUCCUUGCUUUGGGGAGGUAGGAGGAAAGGUAAGGAAGGGAUUGCUUUGGGAUAGUCGGCGCGGCAAGUCACCUGCGCCCAGAGGGCCAGUGGUACUCCAGAGGUCCAUGCACUGCAGGCCAAUUUGCAUAGCGUCGGAUAUCAUUAGCUGUUCAUGGUCUCUUAUCAUUGGCUUGGUUAAGCGCGCCGGAACGUGACCAGUUAAAAAGCACGUCGUAAUGUCAGUCGCCCAGGAAGAUUUGUUCGGUCACAGCUUGCGUGCAUAGCAGAUGCGUCAGUGCUGCUCGCACUUGACAUCACAGGUGGCUCAUCGUUGCUGGCCCCCGAUGUCAGCGCUGGGGCCCGCAGGUCAGCUGGACCUUGCUCAGAGCGUCGCUUUGGUCGACAUGGUCACCCUGUGUAAAGCUCGAGCUGUUGUCUGGGGGACUGGGCCGCGACACCGCGGAGUCGAGGCGUCCUUUCGCGAAUGCCCCGCGCGGAACGCAUCCGUGCGCCCGCGGGAUCGCGCCUCCGAACUUGGACCCCGAGGGCGCAGGUACGGAUCUGCUCGUCGCUCGCACUACUUGGGGAAGCGGCCGUGCCGCGGCCCGCUGCCCCUGGCAGCACGGCAGCCCCAGCGGCGGGGCAGCGGCGGCGACCGGCCGCCGGCAGCAGCCGCGCCGGCCCUCGGCGCGCACGCGCGGACCUCCCGCGGCCGGCCCGCGGCGCUGCCACGGUGUGGCGCCC